AUGCUGCAAGUCAAUCGUAAGCCAGUAGUCAACAAGGCCAGAGACCCGCAACAUCCUGCCCCUGCUCAUCUAAACCCGGGCCAACCACGCUCAGCACCACAAAUGCAAUAUCGACCACAACACCAGCAACAGAACAGUGGCUCCAACCCACGGUUGGCUCAGCUUCAGCACCAGCAGAAUGUACAACACGGUCAAAUCGCUCAUCACAACGCCCAAAUAAACCAACACUCGGCUGCAUUGCAACACCAAUCGGCGGAACAACAGCGCCGUAAUGCCGAGCAGCAAAGACAUUUCGCGCAGCAGAACGCAGCAGCCCAGAAACAAAUGGCCCAGCAAAAUGCAGCUAUGCAAAAACAGAAUCAGCACAUGAACCAUGAGCUGCAAGCUAUGAAACACCAGCAGCAGAAGGGUGGAGGCCACGGUGGUGGAGGUCAUGGUGGUGCUGGUAAGAAAGUUCUGGCUGGUGCAGCAGUGGGCGCAGCAGCGGGUGUUGGUGGUGCCAUGAUCUAUGAGGGAUAUCGCGAAGAGACAUAUGUUCAUGAGGAGAUUAUCAGAAACGAAGACCAGAGACCCCCGGAUCAAGAUAUCAGUGACUCGGAUCACAACGACGACCGAAAUGAUAAUCCUUACGACUACGAUCGAAACGAUAACGACUAUUACCGUAAUGACAACGACCAAUACUUGCCACAGCAGGAUGAUAAUCAAGGUGGAUAUUACAAUCAACAGGAUACGAUGAACACGCCUGGGCCAGUCCAAAGUAGUGGGGGCGAUGGAAGUAAUAGUGAUUGCUGUGGCAGUUGCUGUGAAUGUGGUGACUGCUGUGGGGGGUGCUGCGGAUCGAUUGACAAGGAUGAUGAUAGCAGCUGUUGUUGUUGCUAA